AUGGCAAUCGAUCCUGUCAGCCAGAACUCAUAUCAAAUAUCUCAAGAACGAGGAUAUGAUUUUGUUAUGAAAAACGUUCCAUAUACAAUUCCGGGUUCACCAGAAUCAGAGAAUUUUGUAGAAUUAUCAACCAUUGGUAUUAUAAUACAUUCAGCUAAUCAUACGAAUGAAACUGAAAAAUGUUCUCUUUAUUCUGGAGCAGAAUAUCCAUGUGAAGAAAUUUACUUUAUUAAAAAUACCGAAAUACUGCUACGAACAACGCAUGUUGUUCAUCGUGGUUUGGAUAGUUUACGAGUCGUAACAAACUAUGGAAAUGUAUCAAUUUGUAAACCUCAUGAGGAAUUAUUUGGUAAAAUUCCAAAAGAUUGGGCAUACAAUUGUCAAGAUGUAACAUUAGGUCUUGAACACGAUCCAGAAAUGUCAAAAGUUGAUGUUAACCAAAGUGCAUCAGUACAAUUACGGCUUACUAGUCCGCUACAUUGUAUCUAUGGUAAUGAUACCGUUAUACUUGAAUGGCAACCAUCGAAAAAUUCUUCAUGUAUGGAUUGUGUAUCAUGGAAACCUGAGCGAUUAUAUUUCAAUUCAGUGAAGUUUGAAGAACCACAGGAACUAAUUGUUACUCGAGUUGAAAAUGGAGACCUAAAAGAGAUGAUUCCUGUUUUUCAUGGUGGUAGAUACGAAUCAGUUUUUGCUGACGCUUAUUCAAUCUAUAUUGAAUAA